AUAAUAUUAAAAUGUUCCUAAUUUCCCAUAAUAUAAAUAAAAACCAUAAUUGAGUCAUUCUUUAGUCUUAAAUCGCAAUUCAAUAUUCAUAAUUCAUAUUUCAAAUAUUUCAAUUUCAUUUUCAUAAUAUAUUGUUAAGCCCAAUUAUUAAAUACCAUUAUUUUAUAUUUUCCUAAUAUUAAAAAUGAAUUUAAACUGUAAAAUUUUAAAUUGAUUUUGGAUGUAUUAGUUUUGUCACCGAAAAAUAAAGUUUUAAAUUAUUCAUUCAGAUAUUCUCCAUCAAUGUAUUAACUUAAAGUUCAAUAAUGGUAGACAAUGCAUUAACUGAAAAGGUACUGUUGGCUACUGGAGGAUAUGAUCACACCAUUAAGUUAUGGCAUGCAAAUACUGGAGUUUGCAAUAGAAGCUUAACACAUUUAGAUUCUCAAGUAAAUGCAUUGGAAAUCACACCCGACAGACAACUCUUAGCUGCUGCAGGGUUUCAACAUAUCCGUAUGUAUGACUUAAAUUCAAGCAAUCCAAAUCCAAUUUUAAACUAUGAAGGAAUAUCAAAAAACAUUACUGGUGUUGGAUUCCAUGAAGAUGGUAAAUGGAUGUUUACAUGUGGUGAAGACUGUAGUGCCCGUGUGUGGGAUUUAAGGUCUAGAAACUUGCAAUGUCAGCGUAUAUUUCAAACAACUGCUCCUAUCACUAGUAUUUGUCUUCAUCCUAAUCAAGGUGAGUUAAUAUUAGGUGAUCAGUCUGGCUUGCUUCAUUUAUGGGAUUUGAAAACUGAUCACAAUGAACAACUUAUACCUGAAGUUGAUGCAUCUAUACAAUGCGUGGCUAUUGAUUCUAGUGCAAAUUAUGUUGCUUCUGUAAAUAAUAAAGGAAACUGUUACCUAUGGAGUUAUAACGGUAAUGGUUCUAGACUAAGUCCAGAGCACAAAAUGAAUGCUCACAGGAAGUAUGCUCUUCAUUGUAAAUUCAGUCCUGAUUCAACAUUGUUAGUAACAACUGCAGGUGAUCGAACAGCUUUUAUCUGGAAAACUAGUGAUUUUUCUUUAAAACAAGAACUAAAAGAUGAACGGCAGAGAUGGGUGUGGGAUACAGCGUUUAGUAAUGAUUCAGAACAUUUAUUGACAGCUUCAUCAGAUGGCAUGGCAAGAUUAUGGAACGUAGAAAGCGGCAACAUAGAACGUGAAUAUGAAGGACAUCAAAAAUCACUUACAGCUUUAGCAUUUUGUGAUCCAUAUAGUUAGGUUUUAAAGUUAUACUAGUUUUAUGAUGAAAUAAAAUUAGAAAAACAGA